GGAAAGUUGGCGCGGCCCCGCCGGACGCUGAAGACCCGGUGGCGGCGUGACAGAGGGACGCGGCGAGGAUGAGCUCCUUCCUCGAGUACCCCGUCCUCGGCGGCGAGGCGGGGGGAUGCGCCGCCCGCGCCUACCACCCCGACCACGGGAUUACAACUUUCCAGCCCUGCGCCGUCAGCGCCGGCAGCUGCAGCGGAGAGGACCACGACCGCUUCCUGGCGGGCCGCGGGGUGCCCAUCAGUCCCCACCGCCACCACCACAGCCCGGCCCAGCCCGCCGCCUACCAGCACCACGGAGGGCUGGGGGUGUCCUACGCGCACCCCGGCUGCGGCCCGACCUACAGCGCGCAGGGCUUCGGAGCGGCGUACAGCCCUUACCCCCUGGGGCAGGACGCGGAGCUGGGCGGCGGAUUCCCUCCCUGUGCCCCCGCCGUCUACUCGGGGAGCAUCUCCUCCUCCGCCGCCGCGCAGCACCCGCUCCCGCACCAGGGCUACGCGGGGGCCCCCGCUCAGUACGUGCCUCCCCCCUACGGGCAGGAGCAGCAGAGCCUGCCCCUGGGCACCUACAACCAUGCCCUGUCUCCCCUCCACGCUGGCCACCGGGAAAACGCCCGCUCCCCCUCCACCGAGACCUCGCCGCCGGCGCAGACCUUCGACUGGAUGAAAGUGAAAAGAAACCCACCCAAAACAGGCAAGGCUGGCGAGUACGGCUUCGUGGGGCAGCCCAACACCGUCAGAACUAACUUCACCACCAAGCAGCUCACCGAGCUGGAGAAGGAGUUUCAUUUCAACAAAUACCUGACCAGGGCCAGGCGGGUGGAGAUCGCCGCCUCCCUCCAACUCAACGAGACGCAGGUGAAGAUCUGGUUCCAGAACCGGCGGAUGAAGCAGAAGAAACGGGAGAAAGAGGGGCUGCUGCCCAUCUCCCCCGCCACCCCCACGGGCUGCGAGGAGAAGGCAGAGGACUCGUCGGAGAAGUCCUGCUCCUCGCCCUGCAGCGCCUCGCCCGCCUCCUCCGCCUCGGACACGCUCGCUGCCUCCAACUGAGACCGGCCGCGCCCCGAC